UGAUGCGCCCUGAUAGAGCGCCAUCGGCAUUUCCUGAGGAAUCAGAUGUAAGCAAAAAACUCCAGCCUUGUUUCUCCCAGGUUCCAGCAGCAUAAACCAACACAGCGCGUGCAGGAAUGAAAUGACACUAAACAAGCAGAGGGAGCCUGGCGAGAACGGGAGGCCGGACACUUGCACAGCUCAUCUCAGAACCCACAGGAGACUGUGCCCCUGUCCCUUCCACACCCACAGGAGACUGUCCCCCUGUCCCUUCGUCCAGAAAGCCACCCGAGGAAGCAGCCAGGCAGAGCAGAGGGUUGCCUGGGGGGCUGCCCUGGGAGCCCAAGCAGAGAUGCAAACUGCCUUCCACCAAGCACACAUGUGUGCCUUCCGGCAGCUGGGCAAAAAGGGCUGCUCCAGCAGCGGGAAUCCGGGGAAACAUCCAAACACGUCGAGUGUGCAGAGCGAGCAGAAGAGAGCAACUCCUGCACAGAGCCCAGCCUUCUGCAGCACGAGCAAAGGCUCCAGAAUGAGAGGAAAGAAAACAUUUUCUUUAUUCAAAGCAUGUGUACCAGCACCCAUCCUGUCCCCCCGUUUCUCCUUGAGAAAAGCUAGACAAGGCACAGGACCCAGGGAAGCACCCUCUACAGAGCCGUUUCGGGUCCAAACUCAGCCUCCCCCGGAGCCGUCUCUGGCCUCCUCCGAGCUGCUGGUCAAACAAGCCUCCUGGUCUGAGGUUGCAGUCCUCACCCACAACACAGUGUUCCCCGAGACCUGCCAGAGAGAGGCCCCACUCCUGCUCCGAGUUCCGGUGCCCCACCUGCUCGGAAGGACAGGCACUCCUUCACAGCCAAGUUCUCAAGCUCACAGGGGGGGGGCUCCGAGCGCUUCUUCGGCUCCCAGCCCCAGAAAGCACGUCUGCGGCACAGCUGGGCCCCUCAGUCUACAGCAUCUUGGGCAAUCCUGGGUUUGGCCAAAGUUGGAAACUCCAGGAGUGACACGGCAGUCCCACCUGGAGUCCUGGCCCACCCAGGACUUGCUGGGACGUGAGCCAGCGGAUGUGACCUAGCGCUGCGUUUUAACGAGUACUCGGACAGCCCGGGCCUCUGGAGCUUGAGAGAGGGGCGGCGGCCUAGUCCGGGAGGGCUUCGUGAGGUGAGACAGGGCCCAGGGCUAAAGGAGCCGAAGCCUGGCUUACCUUCGUAGCUCCCCCUGCCCUCCCCAAACAGCCCCACCGACAGACCAGCAGGAAUAUGAACCCAUUUCCACACAGCAGGGUCGCGUGGGGAGACUGCUCUUCCAGACUGUGCACUGGCGCCUGCAUCCUCUCCUCCGUGAGCACACACGUCAGAACCGCAUGCCCGCUGACCAAAGACGGU